CUUCUCACGCGAGCACCUCCAUACAACUUCUCCCGCGACGUGCAUUUGCCAUUGACAUGUAUACUUGACGGUGCAUCAUAUUGAGAGCAUCAUCCGGCAUACUCAGCAGCAUCACAUCAGCAUCACCAUGAAAACACGCACAAGAAAGGCAGCGGGGCCAAAAGGCAGCCAACCGGAACCCACGACUUCAACAAUCAAGACCCUCGAGCCAUCCGUUCCCAAUGCGCCGCAGCUGUUCAUCUUGCCGAAAGAUCUCUCCCCUGACGCACGAAUAAUAUCCCUUCCCAAUCCUGCGACCUCGAAGCCAUGCCGAUACCUUGCCUGCCCGACCAGAGGAUGCUUCGAAUUCACCCGCGUCUCUGCACCAAAGAGAGCAUGUCGCAGUUGGCUGCUCGCCCCAGAGCAAGGCACAUUGAAAGACGAUGAAGACGGAGAAGGCUAUGUGCUACAAACUCCCGACCUCAUGCUCGCCACGCCCGUAGAUCCGGUAUUCCUCCUCCUGCCUGCGCUGGUGGAGGAUGCCCAAGAGAGCGGCCGGCAAUAUUACCUCUCCCUGUCCGACUACCUGCAGCGCUUGAUCGAGUCCUCGCCGCAUCUCAAAGACGUCCUCAAUAACAAUACCUCGCGAAGGCUGGAACGAAUAUUCGAAUCGCGGAUAAAGCAAAUCUGCGACUCGAUGGACGAUGGACAGGAAAUGCUGUAUAUGCUUUCCAAGCUCAAAUUGCUCGAAGUCCUCCUCACGAAGGCGAAGAAGAUGGUCGAGAUGGGGCUCCCCGCGACCAUGGAUGAAAAGUUUGUGAGGCAAGCACUGGUUGCGCCGGUCCUGAGCAUAAGAAGAGAAGACAGCAGCAUUAGUGUUGUGGAUGCAGAUCCGACCGCGACCACGACCACGCAAGGCGAGGCUUCGACAUCACAGGAUUCACAAUCUACUGCACACACGGAAAGCACAAGCGCUACGACCACAACGUCUGUGUCGUCUGCUCCGUCCACAACGGAUGAAGAAAUCCAGCAUCUUCUUCGCAUCCGCACAGCAUUCACUUUCCUGCUUCGCUCCUACGUUCCAGAAAGCCUCCACGCCAGCCUGACGUCUCUAAUCAAUAAAUCCGACUCUUCCGGCACCGACUUCACCCCACUCGACACCCACCUCGCUCACCUUGACAAACUCCGCAAGGAAGCGCAGACUUUACGCUCUCUCAGCGACAACAUCAGCCGCAAACGAAGCGCGCUCGAUGACGAAGAGGCCAUGGAGAAGGCGGAAGCGAAGAAGCGAAAGAAGGAGGAAGAGGAGCUGAAGAAGAAGAGUAUGAGUCGUGGCGUAAAGGCGUUGGAGAAGGUCGACAGGAGUGGGAUGAAGACGCUGAGUUCGUUUUUUGGCAAGGCUACAGCAAAGGGGAAGUGAGGGAGACCAGCUUUGAGGCCAUUGCUCAACUGCGAACAUCCUUCGAUGUGCUCGAAGGGCAUAAAUGGCAAUCGAACGGGUUAUUGCGGACUUACGUGGAUUUGCUGCCGCAUAGUUCGGAGCAGAGUGGUGGUCGGCCCUGUCACAGCCCGGGACCAAACAUCCCUGGCCGGCCUGGAACGCGCUACGCACUCGCUCCGCUAUCCCUCCUCGAGUUGACUAUAGGUGCGCGGUCGUGGCUGUGGAAAUAGGCGCUUCCAGCUCUUCCAUGCCCGGCGAGUGGGAUUUGCGGAGAUGCAAUGCCUAAGGUAGCCUUGUAACGCCUCGAACUCCCGUCUUUUAGUCGCGCAGACAAGAUGCACGCAGAGGCUCUGGGCGAAAUAAAUGAUGAUACCAUGUUGCAUGAACACCAAUUCAAGCGAUCAGAUAGAGGGUAUAGCAUGAUCAGAUGCCAUGAGCG